AUGGGCUUCCAGUCCUUCCUCGACCGCGUCGCUCCGCUCUCUGUUGUAUAUGCCGCCCUCGUUUUCGGAGCCUGGAAACUGCAAUACUACACUUCCAACCUCAUAUCCUCAGGAGCAUUUUUGCUCUUCACAUUGGUGUUCCUGCAGAAAAUCGCCCACCACGUUCAGGAUGAGCGCAAGAUCCUCGCGCUGGGCAAGCAGGCGCCUAUAGUGCGGACCAACACUCCAUUCAAUGUUGGCUUCCUCUACAGGGCACUGUGGUACUUCUCCAAGCAUCGCAACCAUGAGUUAUGGUGGAUGAUGUUCAACAAAAAUGGCAACAAGAACCUCCCGUAUACUGUUGAGACCGUCGUCGUGGGACAGAGGUUGGUGUUUACGAGUGAUGAGGAAAACAUCAAGGCGAUUUUGGCGACGCAGUUCCAGGACUAUGGAAAAGGGCCACAGUUUAGAAAGGAGUGGAAGGAGUUUUUGGGUCUGAGCAUUUUCACCACGGAUGGACAUCAAUGGCAUGAUUCACGACAACUGCUAAGACCACAAUUCAUCAAGGACCGCGUGGGCGAUUUGCAGAGAUUCGAGCAUCAAAUCCAAGUCCUAUUGCCAAUGCUCAAAGGUAACGGCGAGACCGUCCGCCUUGACGACCUAAUCUACCGCUACACCCUCGACGCAGCAACCCACUUCCUCUUCGGUCGCAGCGUCGGCAGCCUAGAAAACGGCGAAGCAGAGUUCGCCACAGCCUUCGCAGAAGUCCAGCGAGUCCAGGCCAUCAUCGCCAGAGCAGGACCCCUUCAACACUUCGUCCCCAUGAAGUCCUUCCGCCAGGCCUUGGACGUCCUCAACCGCUUCACAGACCGCUACAUCGACGAGGCACUUUCACUCCCACCCGAGGAGCUCGAGAAGAGCACCAAGUCCGAUGAGAGCUAUACCUUCCUCCACGCUAUCGCAGCCUAUACCCGCGACCGCGCCGUGCUGCGUGACCAACUCGUCGCCGUCCUGCUCGCAGGCCGGGACACAACAGCCGUGACCCUCUCCUGGCUCUUCUACGAACUAUCCCGCAACCCUCAAAUCACCGCGAAACUCCGUCAGGACAUCGUCUCACACGUCGGGACAGACCGCAUGCCCACCUACGAUGAUUUGAAGAGCAUGCGCUACCUAACCCACACCAUCAAUGAGAUCCUUCGCCUCUACCCCGUCGUCCCUUACAACGUCCGCGUAGCCCUCACAGACACCACCCUGCCCCACGGCGGCGGUCCAGACGGAACCGAACCCAUCGGCAUCACCAAGAACACCCCCAUCGGCUACUCUACCUUCAUCCUCCAGCGACGGCCAGACAUAUACCCUCCCGGUUCCUCCGGGUUCCCAGACCCGCUGCAAUUCGUUCCUGACAGGUGGGAUAGCUGGGUUCCCAAGUCUUGGUCGUACAUCCCAUUCAACGGGGGUCCAAGGAUUUGUAUUGGACAGCAGUUUGCGCUGACGGAGAUUGCGUACACGGUGACGAGGAUUUUGCAGACUUUUGAGAGGGUGGAGAGUAGGCAGGAGGGAUUUCCGGGGACGAAGACGGAUAUUGUGUUGCAGCCGCAGAAGGGGGUUUAUGUGGCGUUUGUGAAGGGGGAGGGGAAGGCGUGA